UUGCAUAAUUUAUAAACAUCUGAUAUUUGAUUGCAUUUAAAUUAAACUUCUAGAAUUAUUAACUUCCUAAGAAGUCCUACUGAAAAUGUCUACGAAUCGCAACAAAUAUGAAAAAGCCCGACGUCGUCUUGCAGCUGUGACAUUUUUAUCAAAUAUAUCCCUGGAUGGUACAUUUAAAGAUACAGAACUUUGCCAGUUAUUAGAAAAAAGCUCCAAGGUUGACAAAUGUGAUGGUGGUCUGAAAAAUGGCGAUGUUUGUCACAAUGUUGAGAAAGAUAUAGUGUUACGAAAUAACAUUCGUGGUCGUAAUAAAGCGCCACAAAGUCCAGUUAAUCGCAUGGGAGGUGAUAAUCAUUCUAUAAGUUCUGAUUCAGAGCAUGGCCAUACCACCCCUGUUAAAACUAGAGGCAGUCAUUCGUUCAGGGAAAGAUGCCAGUCUGGAAGUGCAGAACACAAGGAUAAGCAUUCAUCAAUCAGGAGCCGUAAAGCACAUAUUCCAUCUAAUAUUACACAAGAAGAAAAGAGCAGCACUGAAAGUCUUAGUAUUGGAAGGUUUAGAACAAGCACCACAUGUAUACCUGAAAAUCACUAUUUUUCCAAAGAAGUGAGAAUAGUUCGUCCUACAAAAGGUGUUACUUUUAAAGAUGAGAGACUUGCAAUAGCACCAAUGCAAGGUGUUCCCUGUGCUAUAUAUAGUACAAUACCAUACUCUAAAACCAUUCGAAGUGCAAGAGCGGACAUUAGAAAAGAUGGUGUCCGUAGACGUAAUACAUCAGGACCUAGGCCACUGUCAUCAAUAACUGACAAUGGAGUAGAUCCAUUUGAUCUCCUAGGUCUAGAAAGAGAAGAGCAUGGUCAAGACAUAUCUUAUUCAAAGCUAUUAGUGCCUUCACGAGUAUGUACAAGAGAUCAAUAUCGUAAAAUUUAUGACGGAGAUAUCGGGGACAAAACAUCAUGGAAGUUACUAAAUCGUCACCCUCAUGUUAUAGCUAGGACUAAGUUAUUGACGAGGCACAAGGAUAGACAAUGGUGCUUUUCGUAUGAGUCCUCGCAACGUCCCACGAUUGCUUCGUCACCGCCGCACUCCUCUAUAGAAACUAAAACGUUUGAUUGGGACGAAGGAGCCAUAUUGUCACAAAAAAUCGUUCAAUAUUGUCCUAACGUGUUGGACGAUCCCGAGCUAAUUGCGGGUAAACACAGGACUCUAUUAACAUUCACAUCGUACAUGACCUCCAUUAUUGAUUAUGUAAGACCACAGGAUCUGAAGAAAGAGCUCAACGAUAAGUUUAGAGAGAAAUUCCCUCACAUUAAAUUAACAUUAAGCAAACUUAGAAGUAUAAAGAAAGAAAUGCGAAAGAUUGCAAAACACGAUUGUGGUGGUAUAGAUUUGUUGUCUGUCGCUCAGGCGUACGUGUAUUUUGAAAAACUGAUUUUAGCCAAUUUGAUAAACAAAGACAACAGGAAAUUAUGCGCCGGAGCCUGUCUUUUGUUGUCUGCAAAAUUAAACGACGUCAAAGGAGAAAUGUUAAAAGCUUUGAUAGAGCGUAUAGAGACAACAUUCCGUGUGAACCGCAAAGACCUGAUGAAGUUCGAGUUCGCGGUGCUGGUGGCGCUGGAGUUCGGGCUGCACGUGCCUCCUCACGAGGUGUUCCCGCACUACCAGCGGCUGCUGCACGACUCGUGACCCUGGCCCGCGUCCGAGCCCCCGCGUCUCUGUCCGCGCGUCUGUCCGCGUCUCGCUCGUCGCCGCGCCACACUCGUCGACAAUCUCAGGCACACCGCCUGGAUCUAGACCAGGGAUCCCCAAACUAUUUUGUACAAGUGACCCCCCUUUUCCAAAAUGAACCAUUAUCACAGACCCCCAUGGCCAGUUUACCUACUUACUUACAGAGUGAGAAUUAGAAAUGCUUUAAGUUCGAUAUCGACCCCUUUGGGAAUCCCUGAUCUAGACUCUAUGUUGUCUCACUUCAAAAUGCUAGGCGAAAACAUCUGUUACAAAAGAAUAUCGUCGCGUUCAGCCGCUCAACUAGGAUAACUGGUAAGUCCAAACUGUUCAUUAAAAAUUAAUAAUCUUAUCUCAUU